AAGCGUCUGCGCUCACACAGCAACCUGACUUGGUUAUAUCUUUCAGCAGGAACUAAAGGGAGAGAGUGAGGGAACAGAGGGGAGGUGUGUUGCUAGAGUUGAUGUGGCUUGGGCUGAGGACAUAUUCCACACCCUCUUUUUGUAUAUAGUCACACUAGUCAGUUUGUAAUAUUCUCACAUUUGUGCCUAGCAAACUAUGUUCUCAGAAAAUGACCUACUAAAGUAUUUUACAUGAAGGCACAAAUGACCAAUUCAGCUAACAAGCCUUGAACAUUAUAUUAAUGAUUAAUUUUGCUAUCAACUUGAAACGGAGUUCACUUAGCAAGCACUUGUCUAUGGGUUUCUGGGUAGCUUCUAUGUGGCCUAGACUGGAGUUAUCCCAGCUGGACUCACCCAUAUGUCUGCCAACCAGUAGUUAGCUGGGUAGCUCUGGAUGUGGUUAUUGGCCGAUUGUCAGUUUGGGAGGAAUAGGCCACAUGUCCACAUCCUGGCGUUCUAACUCAUGGCAUGUAGACGGUUCUAAGAGUAGAAGAAUGUAAGUAUUAUAAGCUUUGAACCCAGAAUGAGUCCCUCUUAUUCCCACCUUCCUCUAUUAGUCAGUCACGAGGGCAGCCUGGGAAGAAGGCCUGUAGAUAGAAGGACCUGACAGGACUCAUCAAUCAAUACUGGAGGAGGAAAAGCUGGAGGUUCAGGGUUUUUUCCCCUUGCAUCUGUAUACCACAGAUAUCUGCUCUGUUAUAUGCUGUGCCUGACCUGGCUAAGGAUAGUCACAGCAAAUAGUUUAUUAAACCAAAUAGUUUAGUUUCCUGUAGAUAAGUAGACUCAAGGCAAAAGGAAAGAAAGAGAAAGAAAGAAAAGAAAUAGGAAAAAAAAAAAGAAAGAAAGUCUAAUCUAUAUUUGGGGUUAAGUACAGUGUCCCUAAGAUCUCAUCACAGCAAACAUUAAAGUGGCAGUGGUCAGUGCAUGUAGAAGUUAUGGUAGAAAAUCCCCAAGCUCCACUAUUCAGACAACAGAAAGGGCGCCUAGGAAUGAGCAAAGCUCAGAAGCCCAGCGGCCAGCUGAUCUCCACAUCCCCACACCUCCCUUGGUAAAGCAGAUGGCAGGAGACGCAAUUCCACAGCCUACGAGUACCAUGCAUUCUCACUGUUUUGAUAUAUAAUCACCCAUCCCCCAUCCCCACCCUACCCCCCACCCCACAGGGUUUCUCUGUGUAGCCCUGGCUGUCCUGGAACUCACUCUGUAGACCAGGCUGGCUGGCCUCGAACUCGAACUUACAGAGAUCCACUGGCCUCUGCUUCCUGAGUGCUGGGAUUACAGGUGUGUGCCACCACCUCCUGGCUUGAGGUGUACUUUUUAUUAAAUGGUUUUUGUUGUUGUUUUGUUCUAUUUGUUUUUUUAUAGUCUCUAAACCAUCAUAAUCGCACUCUGCUCGUGGCAGAUUUCAGCAUAUAGGCACAUGUUCCCUUCAUACAGCCUUUCAUUCAGUGAGUGUUGUCAGAUCCUCUGCUUUCUCAGCUGGUUUGGUCUGACUUGCAGUCCAAGGUUCCUUUCCAAUGGGACGCUCUGGUGUGUUUUCAGGAUUGACAUGUAUGCCGAUGGCACCCAGGACCUGAUGAUGAUGAUUAUCGGGGCUCCAUUUAAAGCCCCUCAGGAAAAAGAAGAGAGCCUAGCUUUAGCAGUGAAGAGGGCUAAAAACCGUUACUUCCCAGUGUUUGAAAAGAUUUUAAAAGACCAUGGAGAGGCAUUUCUUGUUGGCAACCAACUCAGUUGGGCAGACAUACAGCUACUAGAAGCCAUUUUGAUGGUGGAAGAAGUCAGUGCUCCUGUGUUGUCUGACUUCCCUCUGCUGCAGGCAUUUAAGACAAGAAUCAGCAACAUUCCUACAAUUAAGAAGUUCCUGCAACCUGGAAGUCAGAGGAAGCCACCUCCGGAUGGCCACUAUGUUGACGUGGUCAGGACCGUCCUGAAGUUCUAGUGACAGCGUGCUUUAAAGUGGCUACUGCAAGGGUCCAAUCACAGCAGCAGCUACAGAGCAUUCCAGAGGCAAGAUAGAGCUCUCAGGAGUAAAGGUCUUCAAAGAACGAAACCACUCUGUCCACAAUGACAAAUGCCAAUUAAAUAGAGUGAAAAACUGUU